AUGCUAGGUGGGCGAGUCAAAACUCUCCACCCGGCCGUACACUAUGGAAUCCUCGCACGCAACAUCCCCUCGGACUCUGAAGACAUCAAAGCGCGAGAAAUCUCUCCAAUCUCCAUCGUCGUGUGCAACCUCUCCCCAUUCACCGAAACAAUCGCGAAGCCGAACUGCACCCUCGCAGGUGCAGUCAAGAAGUCGGUAGUGGUGAGGUAA